CAGCUCCAUUUUAUUAGUUUCGCGUUAUUUUCCAUUCCACUCGGCUUCUUUUGGAAUUUCAAAAUAAUCGAUUUUCAUUUCUUUUUUGGUAUCCGAACCAGAACCAGAGCUGCACAAGCCGCACAGCACAAGCAAAAGAAGUCGUCGGUUUUAUUUGCGCUCGAAAUUCAAAUCCAAUUCAAUUUUUGAUUAAAAUUUCUCUCCACAAAUUGCGGAAGCUAAAAGCAAAAGAUCAAAAUCAAUUCAAAUAAAACUAAAAUGACACUUUCUUACUUCUUUCUUUUUAUGGAACUUAAACAAAAACAAAAUUAAUUGAAUUGAAGUCGUGGUAAAAUUGCCAACAAUUUGUUAUGUCGAAAUUUUUGCAUAAACCAUCAUCGCGUUAAAAAUUAACACUCUAGCCAAACAAAAAUAUUCAGUUUUCUUCGAUCAUCAGUUUUUUAAAUUUGGUCUGGUCGUGAGUGAGUUGGUGUUGUUUUGUUGUUUUUGUUGGUUGCCUUCGUUGUCUUCGUCUUCAUCGUAGUCGCUCGUCUUUAGUACACCACAGCAACUACGAAAGUUUUUGUUUUUUUUUAUUAAUUCACAAAGUGAUUUCUGAUUAAGAGUUUUAUAACUAAAUUAUAUAACCCGUCAAGUUUUUGGAGCGACCGACGAGCUGCCUGUCAAAAUGAAAGUUCCAGCCAAAGAAUUUCAUCUAAAGUACACCUACAACUGUCGCCAUUUUAGGUCGUUGUCUGACCGGAAGUCGGCUCGGCGCACAAAUUCAAAAACAAAAAAUAUCAAAUGUCGUUCGAAGGAUACUAAUAACCGAUGUCGUUUCGACAACACGGAUACGGAUAAUGACUAUUUGAUUAAUAGCAACGACUUUUGCAAAUUGGACAGCAGCAACAGCUGCGAGUGUGAAGAUUGUUGUGACGUCGACAGUGGUCAUAUCAGCCGAUGCAGCAGUAGGAACAGUUCCAGCUGCAGUUGUAGAAGCAGCGAAAAUAGCGAUGCAUUCAUGUCAAUGCCAUGGUUUGGUAUGGAUAUUGGAGGUACACUGACAAAAUUAGUGUACUUCGAACCAAAAGAUAUAACCCCCGAUGAACAGGAUCAAGAAGCUGAAAUUCUACGAAACAUUCGGAGAUAUUUGACAAAGAAUUCGGCGUAUGGAAAGACUGGACACCGUGAUACACAUUUGCAGAUGGAUAAUGUUGUGAUUCGCAAACGACGUGGUUCCCUGCAUUUCAUUCGAUUCCAAACCUCCGACAUGGGUAACUUUUUAUCAUUAGCUAAAGCGAAAGGCAUGGCUGAAUUAGUAACAACAGUAUGUGCGACCGGUGGUGGUGCCUAUAAAUUCGAAAAGAAUUUCAGAGAUGAAGUUAACAUGAAACUAGCUAAAUUCGAUGAACUAGAUACAUUAAUCAAAGGAAUUCUCUUUGCUGAGAUCCAAAAUAAAACCGAGUGUUAUUAUUAUGAAAAUGCCAGUGAUAUUUUAAAGAGCCAGAUAUGUGCAUUUGACUUCUCCCAACCAUAUCCCUUUGUUUUGGUGAAUGUCGGUUCCGGAGUAUCCAUAUUAGCUGUUUAUGGACCCAACAAUUAUAAACGUAUUUCUGGUACAAGUUUAGGUGGAGGAACAUUUUUGGGACUGUGUUGUCUACUCACAGGAUGUAAUACAUUUGAUGAAGCCAUUCAGCUUGCCACAAAAGGAGACAACAGAAAAGUCGAUAAGUUAGUGAGAGACAUCUAUGGUGGGGAUUAUGAACGAUUCGGCUUGACUGGUGAUCUUGUUGCAUCCAGCUAUGGACAGAUGCAUUUGAAAGAAAAACGGGCGUCAGUCUCCCGCGAAGAUCUGGCCAAUGCCACUCUUGUAACAAUCACAAACAACAUUGGGUCAAUUGCUAGAAUGUGUGCCCUAAAUGCCAAAAUUGAUAAGAUAGUCUUUGUUGGAAAUUUCCUGCGCGUGAAUCCAAUUUCAAUGAAACUGCUUGCCUAUGCCAUGGACUUUUGGUCCGAUCACACAAUGAAGGCACUCUUCCUAGAGCACGAGGGCUACUUUGGAGCUCUAGGUUGUUUGCUACAGUUCAAUGGAGAAAUAGCCGCUGCACUAAAUGAGACCGACGACGAUGCCGACGCUGACGCACAGCCAACAUCUGUAACGGAUGAUGCUGUCUCACAAACCGCUUCAUCAUCUUCAACCGAAGACGCAACAUCAUCCACAUCAUCCACAACAGAAAUAAAAAAGGAAUGUAAUAAUUAACGUUAAUUGUGUUCCUGGCAAAUAUGUGAUCUUAUUUUAUUCUUCAUUUGUUCUACAUAUACAACAUAUAUCUCUGUGAGCAGCAAACUUAUGUUUAAGUGAUUUGUUACAAUUUAUUCACCAUAGUUUAUUUCUUUUUAUUUUGUUGUUGUCAUUAAUGCAAUAUUUAUAUAUAUUUACAUGUAUAUGAUUUUUUUUUCUGUUUAUGAGAAAGUUUAUCAAAGCUUCAUUAACAUAAUACCUACGGUCUAACUUUUAAGAAUGGGGAAUUUAAAGCAAAUAAUGUUUUGCUUUGAAUUCCAGAACAGUGAUGAUAGAUAGAAAACACCUAAAUUAAAAAACAAAAUAUUAGACAAAUCAUAAAUCAAUCCGUCAAACGUGUUAUUUAGAUAAAUUCUGUUUCUGUGUAUAAAAUAUAUUUUUUAUAUAUGAAGUGUAUGUAUGAUUUAAAUUAUGUAUUUCGUUCUAGAGAUAAGCUAAAGAAAAUGAAACAAAACAAAACAAAACAAAAAACAGUGAAGAAUACACAAAUAAAUUUAUGUUUAUUUAUAAAUUA